AUGUCAAAGUUGAUAGUGGUCUGUGGCGUGACCGGCAACCAGGGCCACUCUGUCGCCGAGACAUACCUCAAAGAAGCUGGAUGGAGGGUCCGUGGAAUCACUCGAGACGCAACCAAGCCAGCCAGCUUGGCGCUGGCUGCCAAAGGAGUCGAAAUCGUCGAAGGCGACUUGGACAAUGUCGAGUCUCUGAAAGCUGCUCUGCAAGGCGCCAAUGUUGUAUUCGGAAACACCGUGUUUCCCUUUAUGUUGGCACUGACCUCGAACCCGGAAUUGAAACCAGGACAGUCUAUCCUUGAGUGGGCUUAUGAACUUGAGGUUCAGCAAGGAAAGAACUUGGUAGAGGCCGUCGCCAAGCUGGACUCACUUCAAUUAUUUAUCUGGUCAACACUCUCAGCAACCCGAAAAUGGUCAGGAGGGAAAUUCCAGAACGUCUACCACUUCGAAUCGAAGGCUGCCGUGGCUGAUUACGUACGUAUUCAUUUUUCUGAUUUGUACAAGAAGACGUCUAUGCUACAACUAGGACUCUUCAUGACGAAUUGGAAAUUUGGUCCCGUCAACAUUCCAUGGGUGAAGGUGCGUGUAUUUUGGACACUCAAGAGCGCGCUCCUUAACUUUGGUGCCUGA